UGCCGCGGCCUCCGGGCGGUGCGGCCUAACCCCUCCGCUCCCGCGGCUUCCUGGCGGGAAGGGUAGCCGUCCUCGCCGGCCCCGAGUCCUCGUUCGUCCUGUCGCCGGGUCCGUCUGUGCGUUUUCCGCCGCCGCUGGCCAGGAGCGGGGCCCGGCCGAGCGCUCCCCGCCGCCGCAGCGGCCCUUCAUGCGGUGCUCGCUCCGGUGCAGUAGAGCCCAUGCAGAUUGACGUAGAUCCACAAGAAGAUCAGCAAAAUGCGCCUGAUAUCAACUAUGUGGUGGAGAACCCCACUCUGGAUUUGGAGCAGUAUGCAUCCAGCUACAGUGGUCUGAUGCGAAUUGAGCGGCUGCAAUUUAUUGCUGAUCACUGCCCACAGUUGCGGGUGGAAGCUCUCAAGAUGGCACUGUCAUUUGUCCAGAGAACUUUCAAUGUUGAUGUGUACGAAGAAAUCCACAGAAAGUUGUCUGAGGCCACCAGAGAACUGCAGAAUACACCUGAUGCUGUUCCUGAUAGUGGAAUUGAACCCCCUCCUCUUGACACAGCUUGGGUUGAAGCUACGCGCAAAAAAGCUCUUCUUAAACUGGAGAAACUCGACACAGAUCUGAAAAAUUACAAAGGGAACUCCAUCAAGGAGAGUAUCAGGAGAGGCCACGAUGACUUAGGUGAUCAUUACCUUGAUUGUGGGGACCUCAGCAACGCUCUCAAGUGUUACUCGCGAGCCCGUGAUUACUGUACCAGUGCUAAACAUGUUAUCAACAUGUGUCUCAAUGUCAUCAAGGUCAGUGUCUACCUCCAGAAUUGGUCUCAUGUUCUGAGCUAUGUAAGCAAGGCGGAGUCUACACCGGAAAUUGCAGAACAAAGAGGAGAAAGAGACAGCCAGACACAAGCGAUUCUCACCAAACUGAAAUGUGCAGCAGGCUUGGCCGAACUAGCUGCUCGGAAGUACAAACAGGCAGCAAAGUGCUUCUUGUUGGCGUCAUUUGAUCACUGUGACUUCCCUGAGCUGUUAUCUCCUAGCAAUGUGGCUGUGUAUGGUGGUCUCUGUGCCCUUGCUACCUUUGACCGUCAGGAACUGCAACGAAAUGUUAUCUCCAGCAGCUCCUUCAAAUUGUUUUUGGAGCUGGAGCCACAGGUUCGUGACAUCAUCUUCAAGUUUUAUGAAUCUAAAUAUGCUUCGUGCUUGAAGAUGCUGGAUGAGAUGAAGGACAACCUGCUGCUGGAUAUGUACCUUGCACCUCAUGUCAGGACACUUUAUACCCAGAUUCGAAAUCGCGCCCUUAUCCAGUACUUCAGCCCAUAUGUGUCGGCAGAUAUGCGCAAGAUGGCCACUGCUUUUAAUACCACAGUGGCUGCUCUGGAAGAUGAACUUACUCAGUUGAUCCUGGAGGGACUGAUCAAUGCCAGAAUAGACUCGCACAGUAAGAUUCUUUAUGCUCGAGAUGUAGAUCAGCGCAGCACAACUUUUGAGAAGUCUUUACUAAUGGGCAAAGAGUUUCAGCGACGUGCCAAAGCUAUGAUCCUGCGAGCUGCAGUCCUGCGCAAUCAGAUACAUGUCAAGUCUCCUCCGAGGGAAGGUAGCCAAGGGGAGCUUACUCCAGCUAACAGCCAGUCCAGGAUGAGCACCAACAUGUGAAAAACUUCGUGCACUACCAAAAGAAAUGGUCCCUCCAGGACUGUACCCACUGUCUCACCCACUAACUGCUGAGCUUCAUGAGCUGUCCCUGUCUCCCUCACUUCUUGCUCGGAUUGAGAGGGUCAGGGCUGAUGGCGGAUAACAUGAAUAUUCCAGUAACUUCAAUUCUCCUUGAAAAGAAAUUCUUUCUAAAAACAGCAUCCCUGCAGUGGGUCAUCAUUUCAGUUUUGGUAGAACAUCUUCCUCCGUUCUGCUUCUUCUACCACUCCAUAAAGAGCUGUCAGGUUACUCGUACAGAUGCUGAUUUGAGGGUUUUUCAGCUGCUAUUAGUUUUCUUGUUUCAAAGCUGCAAAAUAGAGUUAAGUUGAAUGGACAGGUGUGAUCUAAAAUUAAUUUUGCUGGCCUGAAAGUGUCACCUUGAUUCUGAGUAAUGCUGAGCUUUCUGUUUGUUCCAGAUAAACUUACAAGUGCAUUGCUCUCAAUUGUGGAGCUAGAGUUCUGAUGGGAGAGGAGAUUUCCUCUGAGAAUGAUUUUUCAUCUACACCAGAAAACAUGGCACUGCUUCCAUGCAUUCAGUCACAGGCCUUUAUUUUAGGGUGUUACAUUUGCGUGGAUCCAGGUUCUUUCUCUCUGGUCUCUUUUCAAAGACCAGUUUCCUGAUGUGUUUCCCACUUGUGCAUGACCUGGCUUUGGGGUCCAGUGUUAUCAUAGCAGUAAAUCUCUACUUUGUGCAAAUAUUGCUGCUUGUCCAGUCUUACUGCCCUAGUGUGUGAUGGUUUCUCAACAUGUGCAACAGUUGCUUCUGGUAGCAUGGAUAAAUGCCAUCAAAUAUCACUUGAGUCCUGUGGAAGAGCUGAAAGCAGCCAAUCCAGGUGCCUGUUCUCCAGGUGCAUUUAUUCUGCUUUUCCUUUUAUAAAGGGAUUACAGGUGGCAGCCCAGGUGUGUGCAUGUUCUGUGUUAAUGAAAGGAGAUAUGCACUGAAUUCUCUGUAGUCACUGCAGCCUUGCAUUCAUCUAAUCCAUAAGGCAAGCUCAGAAUUUUGAUCCAGCCCUGACUGGUCUGGCAACUGACUAUGGAUGUUACUGUUAAUGUGUUAAUGCUUUUUUUUUUUUUUUUAAAGUUGUUAUAUGUAGUGCAUUAAACAGCAGGAUUAAAAAGCUUUUGAGUAUUUGGAGUUUUGUGUUUGAGUUUUAGGUAUUUUGAUCUCAAGCCGUUGAUUUUUUGCAUACCUUGAUGAUGUUUUGUAGGCCAUUGUAUUUUGCUUUCUGAUCUGGUUCAAGGUGUAGCUUGGGUGAACUGUGAAGAAAGUGGAGUUUGAGGGAACGUUCUAACAGCAGAAUUCCUGGACUGCAUUUGCACAGCUGCUGGGUUUGCAGCAGUGCUUUCUCCCUCUGGCUUUCCACGCUUUGUAUUACUUAGGUGCUGAAAAUGGAAGCAAUAGUUCCUGUGAAGUCUUUGGUUAAAUGUCUUCCAUUUGGCAUGGAAAAAUUCUCCCAUUUUUGAGGGGAGAAAGAAGAGAGCUGGUUAAUCAAGAACUUCAAGUCAGGCAUCACUGGUGGCCAGUUUAGUGAGAAAGACAAAUUGAGUCCCCAGGUAAAUUGCUGUACAUCCUUGUAGAAAUGCUGGGAAAGUCAUUUUAAUGUCUUCUGCUCAUGCUGAAGGAAAGCCGUUCAGUCCUGUGAUAGUACUUAGAUCUUGCUUUGUUCCUGAAACAGGCCACUGAUACUAUUUCCAAGGAAAAGAUCUUAUGCUCUGCUCUUGAGAAGAUGGGUUUGCAACCCAGUUAAGUGCAUCAUGUCAGCUGGCUGUCUCUUCUUACGCACAGCUUCCACUCUCUUGAUUUUAUUAGAUUAUUUCUGUUCCUUCCUGGAGGCUUCCUGCUGGAGGAAUCCUGAGUUGUAAAUGGACGUCUUCAGCAUGCUGAGAGUCUCUGCUCUUCCAGGCACCAGUGCUUGUCCGCUCACGGGAAGCGGCUGGAAGUGUGUAUCCUUCAGCAGUUGGCAAGGAGCUCACGAGGUGGCAACAGCAGUUUCCAGCUCUGGCUGUGGCCUGAGGCGGUUCCAUAGGUGGGGCAGAAGUGAUCAGGUUUUUUUCUCCAGACAAAAAUGCUUACAACCAUGCUCUUUUAUUGCUUAGUUCAUUGGCACUGCUAUGCUUUUGUAUAGCAUUAUUGGCAUGUAACUCUAGCCAGUGAAAGAAGUUGCUGUUGCUUUACGAUCUUAUAGAUGUGAGUCAGGGCUGUCCAGGCAUAUUUCUUCUAGACAUUGUUCAGCGCCUGCUUCAGUCCUAACUACCUGCCAGUCCAAAAAUGAGGAAAUACAACACAGCAUGGACAUAGUUCUGUAUAACUUGCAUUCGUAAGAAGUUCCCCAGUGAAAGGUUAUUCUUACCUUAAAGUUCUAAGUAACUCCCCAAGUAAUAAACAGGAAAAUAGCGACGUACAGCAAAUGAAUUUCCAGUGACUCCCUGUGAUCACCAAGGUAAUUCAGGGGAUGAAGUUUUGUGGGAUCUAUAGCAUGUUGCUUUGUGUAGGAUAUGCUCAGAGGAACUUAUUUAAGUGGAUUUCAUGAACUUCUGCAACACCUUUUUCUUGAGGAGGAAGCAGGUGUCAGUGGUAGGCCAUAACUUAUGGUGCCCUUGUGCAGUGUAAAUCCUGCUUUCUUUACCUGACCUAGCUAGGGAUAAAAGAGAAACAGCUGGAAAGAACUUGGCUCUUUUGGCCAAGGCAGUUUAAAUUAGCACAGCUAAUUUAGUGGUAAUGUAGAAACUGCCCUUAUGAGAUUUGUGUUGGAGUAGUUGGGGGUGGUUGGGAAUUAUCUGGCCAGUACUUGUCGAGCAUAGAUAGUGGUCUGUGUUGCUAAGAUUUGUUGGGGGGGGGGGGGGGGGCCUGUAAGAGCGGGAGAUUAUGUCAUCGCUGGGACUGUGGCUGGGUGCAGCAGCAUCUGUGAGUUACUGUUUUCUGAGAGACUUCAGUGGAUGAGCGAGAGGUAAUAGAGAUCUGUCUUUGCCCCGUGCCAUGCACGUACGGUCUGUACAUUGGUUUCUGGGACACUGCCGUAAUGGUCUUAGUGUUACUUCCUAACUUAGUUGAAACUUCAGCAUUGUUCCAUUCUCUGGACAGCCUCCGAAACUGCUGCUGAAUAAUGUAUUAUUUCUGAUACAAGCAAUGUAAUACAAACUUUUAGAAAAACAAAUGAGGAGACUUUAAUAAUAGCAACAGUCCUUCUGGCAAAGACCCAUCAUGCAUAGGUAGGAAGUGCUGGUCAAGCAUAGAUUUAUUUUUUUUUUUAAUUUUUUUUUUUGAGAGUAAAGUCUCAGCCAACUUAAUUUGGCUAUUUGAGGUUCUUACGCCAUCUCCUUCAUUACUUUUUAUAAGAAACAGGUGACAAUGGGGGAGUGCUCUUAGUAUUUUCUUGUGCCACCCCCUUGUGAGAGCUGUGACUAAUACAAGUCAGAGUUUCAUUUUUUCUAUAGUCCAUCAACUGUGAAUUUGCAGUAGGGUGAAAAACACCAAACUGCUCUGGAACUGACAUCCACUUGUCUCCGAUGUUGUUAGGGAACAGGAUGUGAAUUACUCUCUGUUUUGCAAAUGAGCUCUGUCCUUCAGCUGGUAUUAUUUUGGCUUCUGCAUUCCGAAGGAUCUGUGAAUUCCAUCCAACGUUUCAUAGGGUCUGAUAGAACAACCUAGCUUUAGAUUAUCUCUCAGGAUAACUCAAUCAGGCUAAAUUAAUUAGAUAGGGAACAGAAGCUGGCUAAUAAGGUAUGUCAGCCUGUAUGAGAAAUGUUUGAGAUUCAGCAGUUAGAAGUUUGGUAAAUUCGUAAUGCAACUAAGGCAGUUUCUUGACAGCCAAGAAAUAAUUCAAGUUUAGGCUUCAGUAGCCUUAUUAAAAGCUACAGACCGAAGGGUAGCUGCAUUAGCAAGAGAUGGUGUAAUUCAAACCAGAAUUCAAGUGGCAAGACCUGAAAAUCUGUCUUACGUGGUAGAUCAGGCUAAGUGAUCUUGCUGUCCUUGAUCCCACAGAUACCACUGUGUCAGUGCUCAUGCUUCUGCAGCUGUAGCUCUGACUGUGGUACUCCAUGUGCCUGUAGUUUAUGUAACUGAAGUCUGUGUGGACAUAAAGUCUGUACCCUGUAAAUGCAUGCCGAGAUCCAGGGGUUUCAAUCUUCGGUUUGACGUACUCUGGUUUGUCUGUUGUUUUUUUGUUUUGUUUUUUAAAAUUCUCUGAUAUCUCUUCCCAUAAGCUGUUUGCCAAAUAAAGGCAGUUGACUUUCUUCUUGUCA